AUGACUGGACAGCAGCGUGGGAAUGGUUCCUUGUUGUUUAUGCACAAGCUAGAAACCGAUUUUGCAUCGAUGGACGACACACUAUCAGCGUCCGAGUGGAUCAAACAACAGUAUAACGUCUCUGCUAAAGCUGGCAGAGGGACCUAUGGCAAGACAUUUCUUACGGAAAAUGUAUUUCUACCCCCGGAACCUGAAAAAGGCAUAGCCCUUCGGGUUGGUAGUCAAAUCACGUCUUUGCGUGCAAUAUCUUCUGCCGAGGUGGACACGAGCCGAACGGAUAUGUUCUGGGGGUCCUACCGAGCAACAAUGAAGCUUUCCCGUGUUGGUGGUACGUGUGCAGCAUUUUUCUGGUACUUUAAUGACACGCAAGAGAUCGACAUGGAAUUUCUCUCGAGGGAGUUUGACGAAGCGAAUGGGGUCUUCCCCGUGAAUCUCGUAAUCCACUCGAGCUUAUCGGCAAAAGCUGGUUAUGACGCGAGCAAGACUGGCACGUUCAAGGUGAUGAACUUGACGUUUGAUCCGACCAAAGAUUUCCAUGAAUAUCGUUUCGACUAUUUGCCGGGCCAGGUCUAUUUUUACGCCGACGGGCAAAGCCUAGGUGAGAUGAAGGGCGACAACGUUCCGACAAAUGGUGGGCACGUCAUAUUGCAGCAUUGGAGCAAUGGCAAUCAAUUGUGGUCAGGCGGGCCACCAUCAUCAGACGCUGUGAUUCUCGUCAAGUCCGUGGAAGCUUACUUCAACUCUUCCGACGCCAAGAAUCGCGAGGAUUGGCACAACACGUGCAGAGCCCAUGGUGCCAAGGGAACAGUAUGUGCCGUACCUGAGACGGCACCAGCAGCAGCUACUGGCCAAGUAGAUGACCCCUCUCAUGACGAUGGGAAAGCUGGUAGCCACCACGAGGGUGAAGAGAACGGUAGUCACCGAGCCCCUCGGGCAAGGUCACUCAAGACAGUACUGGUGCCGGUGGUGGCUGUAUACACAUUACUGAUGGGGGCACCGAUGCUGGGUUUAGGCUGA